AUGACGUGGGAACAUCUAGAACGUGGAAGCUCACCCGUGGAUUGGUGUGAGGGCAACUAUCUCGUAUCACCAGAUAUUGCAGAAUUUGUUAAUACGAUAAGCAAUGUUCUGUUCCUGCUUGGUCCACCGUUUCUCAUCUACCUGUUUAAAGAUUACGGCAAGUUCAUACAACCAGCCAUUCAUUUGAUCUGGGUACUGCUGAUAGUAGUCGGUCUUUCAUCGGCCUACUUCCACGCGACGCUUAGCCUGCUCGGUCAGUUGCUGGACGAGCUGACUAUUUUGUGGGUAUUCAUGGCAACGCUCAGUCUCUUCUGUCCACGGCGCCAUUUCCCCAGAAUCUUUAAGCGAUCGAGAAAACGAUUCUGCUUGUCGAUGGCAAUAUUUUCGAUUGUGGCCACGGCUCUUUCAUUUUGCCAUCCUGCCAUUAAUGCGUUUGCGCUCAUGUUUCUAGCCAUACCUGCGACCUACUUGCUGUACCAGGAGUUGAAAAUCGUGCAAGAUAAACGUGUGUACCGGCUCGGUGUACGUAACACCACCAUCCUGAUAAUGGCAAUCGUUUGCUGGAUAAACGAUCGCAUGUUCUGUGAUGCCUGGUCGUCGAUGAACUUUCCGUACCUGCACGGCUUCUGGCACAUUCUCAUCUUCAUCUCCGCCUAUCCGGCCUGUGUACUGUUUGCCUACUUUUUCGUCAACGACGAACGGCCCGAAAGUCGCCCCACGCUAAAGUACUGGCCAAGGAACGAUUUCGAACUGGGCAUUCCGUACGUGUCGAUCAAUUAUGACAAAAAGUUUGAUGAUGCUAUUUAA